CCUGUUUUUUCACAGGUUGUUAUUUAGUUUUUUUCUCCACCAUUGCAGGAAGUCUGACUUAAAAUAGGGCUGCAGACAUUAAGGCUGUAAUUGCCAUGUGGAAACCCUGCAUUCCUGCUGUUUUUCUAGGGUGAGGGUAGAUUUGUGCCUCUCCUUCCACAGCCCUUCAUGUGUGUCUGGACAAGUGGCGGAGAGUGACGUGACUCACACACACAGGGCCAGCACUGAUUCAUGCCGGGAGGCUUUCUCCAGCCAUGCUGAAGCAGAUCCUGUCCGACAUGUAUGUGGACCCAGAGCUCCUGGCUGAGCUCAGCGAAGAGCAAAAGCAGAUAUUGUUCUUCAAGAUGAGGCAGGAGCAGGUCAGAAGGUGGAAAGAAAGAGAAGCAGUAGCUACCAUCCCAAAGCCAGCACUGAACAAAGACCAUAGAAAAUCUGUGCAGUGGAAGCUUGGUGCAGAUGGUGAUAUCUGGGUAUGGAUAAUGGGAGAACACAUACUGGAUAAACCAUAUGACCUUCUGUGUAGUGAGAUUCUUGCUGAAAGAGUGAAACAACAGUCACUUCAUCAAGUAGAGGCAAUAAGAACACCAAUGGAAAAAGCUACAGAGAGUUCAGUAUCAUCUCCUCCACGGUUUCUAUCAGAGCUCCAACCUGGAUUUGAAAUACUGCAAGACAAUAAAGAAUUUGUCCAAAGAGCUGUACCAAAAAGAGUGGAAAACACACCAGCUGUUGGAAAUCGCAGAAAUCUAGAAUGUAGCCAGGCUCCUGUGACUAAACUAAAAGAUGUGGAGCAGAUAUUGGUAGACUAUUGCUCUAAUUCAAGCAAAUCUAAUUUUCAGCAGACUAGAGAAAUGCCAAUGAAGUCGACCAUCACCGAGACCAGAAUGAAAGAAGAAAUAACUUUACACAAUCCUUCUGAAUCAAUUCAAAAACUGGACAAAGAAGAUCGUAACUGGCUAGAAUCUUUACGGAGGUCCAAAGCAGCAGAUGAAAGACGACGCUCCCUUGCCAAAAAUGCACGAGACGACUACAAGAGACUCUCAUUACAGGGCAUCCGCAAGGACAAAGCAGCUAAUGUUUCUCAAACCUUAAAGAAAGAGAUGCAAAGAAAGCCACUCCCUCCACCUCUUCCACCAAAGCCUAAAAACCUUAUAGCUAAAAUAGCUGAUGGGAAACCAGAGAGAAAACAGAGCUUACAAAGAUCUAUCUCCAGUUCUACUCAGGAGAGUAUUGUUCGAUGGUUUAAAGAAGAGCAGAUCAAUCUCCAAGCUGGGUUUGAGAAAUCUAUGGAUCAGAUAGCACCUUGGUUUCACGGUAUUUUAACCACCAAAAAAGCAGAAGAACAUCUGGAGGGUUUGGUACCUGGAAGCUUUCUCAUCCGAGUCAGUGAAAAAGUCAAAGGCUAUGUUCUCUCCUAUUUGUCAACUGAGGGCUGCAAACAUUUUCUGAUAGAUGCUUCUGGAGAUUCAUAUAGUUUCCUUGGUGUUGACCAACUCCAGCAUUCAACAUUAGCUGACCUAGUUGAAUUUCACAAGGAUGAGCCCAUUACAUCAUUGGGGAAGGAACGUCUUCAUUACCCCUGUGGACAACAAGGACAGUUACCAGAUUAUCUUAAUCUUUUUGAGUGAUAUUGUCAAGUGCAAGAAAAUCAGGAAGUACAGGCAGUUCACAUGAAUAUAAAGGUUUAUUGCAAGCUAAUGCUCUCUACAAGAAUCUGAACUACUAACAGACAAAGCAAAUAGGUGGUAGAUAAGAAUGAAAUUCAAAGUGAGUUGGACUUAGAUCUCUUGCGGACAUAAAGGGAUUUGAGAUUGAUGAUGCAACAAUCUCCCUCAGGCUUAGCCUGGUUAUCUCCUACAGAUAUUCAGAAAAUCAUUUACCAUAUGGAGGACGUUUAUGGAAUGGGCAGCUGCUGACAUGGAGCCAAAACCCUUUAAUUAGUACAAUAGUUCCUUAUCCAUAAAAUUAUUAUUCAAACAUGUUUGAUAAACAAAAACUAAAUUAAAUUAAACAAAAAUUGGGAUUAAAAUCCUAAAGAAAGCAGCAAAAAAAUAAAGCUACCAUUACAGGCAAUUGUGCUAAUGAACUUUCUUUGUUCAAACUGAAACCUGACUGCAUGAAUUGCUGUUAAAUGAAGUUAUAAGGAACUAUUCCUAAGCACUGACAUUUGACAUCUCUCAAUACAUUCUUGAAAGGUUUGUAUUUACAUUUAUAAUUAUUUUAUAUCUCUACACUUUACUAUAUUGUAAGCUACUCAAAGUCAUCUCAAGUCAGAAGAUGAGUGGCAUUUAAUAUUAAUAAAUAAAGAAAGAGACGUGGUGG